AUGACGACCGACUACAAGUUCGAGGGCUGGAUGGGCGAGGAUGCCGAGUCUGCCAACGGGAAGAUGGUUUGGAAGGAGUUUGAGCCCAAGAAGUGGGAGGAGAACGAUGUCGAUAUCAAGAUCACUCACUCUGGCAUCUGCGGAUCCGACCUACACACACUCCGUUCUGGCUGGGGUGCUACCCCCUACCCGUGCGUCGUCGGACACGAAAUUGUCGGCAUCGCCGUGCGCGUCGGCUCCAAGGCCGAGGGUGGCAUCAAGGUCGGCGACGUCGUCGGGGUCGGCGCGCAGUCCGACUCGUGCCUCGGCCGGGGCAAGAAAGAAUGCACCCCAUGCAAGACCGACGAGGAGGAAUACUGCGUCAACGGCAACAUCAACACCUACGGCUCCAUCCACUACAACGGCGACAAGACGUACGGCGGCUACGCGCUCUACCACCGCGCGCCCUCGCACUUCGUCAUCAAGAUCCCCGACGGCCUCGCCCCCGAGCACGCCGCGCCCAUGCUCUGCGGCGGCGUGACCGUGUACUCCCCCCUGCGGCACUGGGGUGUCGGCCCCGGCAAGAAGGUCGGCGUCGCCGGCGUCGGCGGCCUCGGGCACUUCGCCGUCAUCUUCGCCAAGGCCCUCGGCGCCGACGAGGUGGUCGGCAUCUCGCGGAAGGCCUCGAAGCGCGAGGAGGCGAUGGCGCUCGGCUGCGACGACUACAUCGCGACCGAGGACGACAAGGAGUGGGCGGCGCACAACGCGCGCCGCUUCGACGUGAUCAUCUCGACAGUGUCGUCGGCCAAGAUGCCGAUCGCGGACUACAUCACCACGCUGGCUCUCAACGGGAGCAUGGUGCAGGUGGGCGCGCCGGAGGAGCCGGUGCCGUUGCCCUUGUUCCCGCUGCUGCUGGGGCGCAGGAGCCUGGCGGGCUCGGCGAUUGGGAGCCCCAAGGUGAUUCGGGAGAUGCUGGAGUUUGCGGCGGAGAAGAAGGUGAAGCCGUUUGUGGAGAAGAGGCCCAUGUCGGAGGCGAACCAGGCGAUCUUGGACAUGGAGGACGGCAAGGCGCGCUUCCGCUAUGUGCUGGUGAACAACUAG